AUGGUGGAACUUGCAUUAUCAUCCUUUGCCGAAGGCAUCGCAGUGACACCCAUUGGCUCUCAUGAAUAUGAAGCGAACCUCUCAGAGGAUUGGUGCAUUGGUUCAGUUCCCCAUGGAGGGUACGUCACAUCCGUUAUCCUGGCCGCCGUUUCGAAACAUUUCGCCACCACCCUCGCCAAGCAAAAUCAACCGCAUAGCAUUACUCUCCAUCUCGAGUUCAUGAAAAGAACACAGGCCGGCCCGGCAACGGUGGUUGUUAAAGACGCCAAGCUUGGACGACAGACCACCACCAUUCACGUCACUCUAUCCCAGGGCGGCAAAGAGGAAAUCGUGGGUUAUAUUACGCAGAGCAAUAUCCACAAAGAAGAUGGGCCAUCGUUCGAAACUGGGUGGGCCAUGACGCCGGAUGUCGCGCCGAAACCGGCGAGCCUUCAGGCACUGAGAGACGGACACGAGGAUCCCGUAUGGGCCGAACAAGCCACGAUGCCGUUCAUCGAAUUCCGAAAAGCAGCACAUCAAGCCCGAUUCUUCUUCCCCAAAACGAGGGUUCUCAGAAAUGUUACCGAUCAGUGGAUUUGCUUCCGGAAUGGAGAGAAGUUCACACAGGACUCCCUCGGCUACGUGUGCGACAUGUUUCCUCAGAUGGUGGAAACCCUACGAGCCAAGAAUGAUCCGUAUGGACUAAAGGAGAAAGCCGCCCAAGAACAGUCGGGUGAGAAACCGAUCGCCAAAUUCUGGUAUCCCACCGUGCUCUUGAACCUUGACGUCAAGAAGGCGUUACCAGAAGAGGGUGUAGACUGGCUGUUCUGCCGCAUUCACAGCAAACAAGUCAAAAACGGGAGAAUGGAUUUGGACAUAUUAAUUCUCGACGAGCAAGGAGAUCUGGUUGCCUUGAGUCACCACGUUGCGCUUAUCCUCGACGUAUCAAGGAAUUUGGUUCGACAGACGCCGAGUGCGACGAGCGCAAAGAUGUGA